UGUGAAGUUACGCACCUGCUGCGUGUGUCUCCUCCCAGCAACGCGCCCCCCCGCCAGCCAAACAGCCCAGGCCGCAGGGGCGGGAGCCUCCCCGCGCUCCGGGUCAGGGACCCCCCUCCCGGGCGAAGGGUAUCCAUGAAUGAGUUGAUGUUCGCUCCUGGAUCCAGAUGACUUGCAAUUUAGUUCAGAAAGAUGUCGUCUGUUACUGAAAAUGGAGAUGCCCCUGCUGGAAAACAAAAUGAGGAGAAAACCUAUAAAAAGACUGCAUCAUCUGCUAUUAAAGGAACUAUUCAACUGGGAAUAGGAUACACAGUAGGUAACCUCACCUCUAAACCAGACAGAGAUGUACUUAUGCAAGACUUCUAUGUAGUGGAAAGUGUGUUUUUACCCAGUGAAGGCAGCAAUUUGACCCCUGCUCAUCAUUACCCCGACUUCAGAUUUAAGACCUAUGCUCCUCUAGCUUUCCGUUACUUCAGAGAACUUUUUGGUAUCAAACCCGAUGAUUACUUGUAUUCAAUCUGCAGUGAGCCUUUAAUAGAAUUAUCCAACCCUGGUGCCAGUGGAUCUUUAUUUUUUGUAACUAGUGAUGAUGAGUUCAUCAUCAAAACAGUUCAACACAAAGAGGCUGAGUUUCUUCAGAAGCUGUUACCAGGUUACUACAUGAAUUUGAACCAGAAUCCAAGGACCCUUUUACCAAAAUUUUAUGGACUGUACUGUGUUCAAUCAGGGGGCAUUAAUAUCAGAAUUGUUGUGAUGAACAAUGUUUUGCCUCGGGCACUGAAAAUGCAUUUCACAUAUGACCUGAAGGGUUCUACGUAUAAACGGAGAGCAUCAAGAAAAGAAAGGGAGAAAUCUAAUCCCACAUUUAAAGACUUGGAUUUCUUGCAAGAGAUGCACGAAGGACUAUAUUUUGACUCCGAAACAUACAGUGCACUGAUGAAAACACUACAAAGGGAUUGCCGAGUGCUGGAAAGCUUUAAAAUCAUGGAUUAUAGUCUGCUACUGGGAAUCCAUAUGUUGGACAGUAUCACAAAAGAGAGGGAUGGAGAGAGUUCCCAGAAUGCAUCAGAUGCGAAACGUCCUGGGGGACAGAAAGUUCUCUAUUCGACAGCCAUGGAAUCCAUACAGGGUCCUGGAAAAUCUGGGGAAUCUGUCGUCACAGAAGCUACAAAUACAAUGGGAGGCAUUCCAGCUAAAAGCCAUAAAGGAGAAAAGCUGCUUCUAUUUAUGGGUAUUAUUGAUAUCCUACAGUCUUACAGGCUAAUGAAGAAGCUAGAACAUUCCUGGAAAGCACUUGUUUAUGAUGGGGACACUGUUUCAGUCCACAGACCAAGUUUUUAUGCAGACAGGUUUUUGAAGUUCAUGAGUUCGAGGGUUUUUAAAAAAGUUCAAGCUUUAAAGUCCUCUCCUUCCAAGAGACGGUGUAGUUCUAUUACAGCUCUAAAGGCAACAUCACAAGAAAUUGUGUCUGCUGUUAGCCAAGAAUGGAAAGAUGAAAGACAUGACAUGCUUACUGAAGGACAAAGCUAUUGCAGCCUUGAUGACGAAGUAUUAGGCUCACGGCAUCGUCCAGAUUUAGUGCCAAGCACUCCAUCUCUAUUUGAAGCUGCUUCCUUAGCAACCACUAUUUCUUCUUCUUCUUUGUAUGCAGAUGAACAAUAUCAACGUGAUGGGACUCUGCUUUAUUCCAGCAGUAAAGGGUUACCUUCGAGUUCAACGUUCACUUUAGAAGACAGUGCUAUCUACUUGACUUCAGAACAGAGCACACUGGAAAUGGAAAACGAUAAUGCUUCAGUUUUGGAUGUCUAUUUAUAAUAAGAGAAUGGAAGAAAGUCAAGUAAAAGCGGAUUCGAAGUGACCGUAGCUGCUGAAGAGCACUUUCUGCACUCCUGAUGAAAGGGAGGAAUUUGCUGAGCCUAAUAGACAAAGAGUAAUAAUCAAUGGAACUUAUCUCUAAGAAAUGUCAGGGGACCGUUGAACAAUGGAAGUGAUAGCUAGACUCGACAAAUGUGACAUGAAACAUUCCUCAUGUUGCUAUCAUGUGCUGUUGCUUGCUAAACUGUGAAGAACUGCAUAAACUGUAUUUAAGAUGCUUUCUAUACUAUUGCCAAUCACCGUUUUUUGGACUUGAAAGUGAUAUAUUUUCCUAAUGACUCUCAUGAUUUCAUUUGCAUGUAUUCAGUGAUUGUGUACAAGCAAAGUAUGUAAUCUGCUUUACCUAUUUAAAGAUCCAUCAUCAACAAGAGUGGCAAAUUAAUUCCACUUUUUUUUCCUUACUCCUGAAUCAUAAUCAUGUAGGUCCAUAUUGUUGGAAGUCCAAAUUGAUUUCAUACAGGAAUAAUGUAAAUGUCUGCACUUACUUUAUGGACAAUAGCCUUUAAAGAUAUUUUCACUGUUUAUUAGUGAAAUGAGAAAAAGCUAUUUAUAACAAGGCCUUAUGUUGUGUACAUAAAUUGUCUUUGAAAUGUGUGAUUUAGUUUAUUGCUUGUAAAAGAGAAAUUAUAUAAUUUAUUUAGUAAAUACUACUGUAAACUAUAGUUUUAUUGACAGAAAUAA